AUGGUUGGUUAUAUGAUAAAGAAAAAUAAAACAACGACUGUAUUAAAGUGUAACAUUGCUGAUUGUCAAUGUGAACAGUUCUUUCCGGGGAAUAGUUGUAACCUAUCAGUACGUUCGUGUGACGAAUGUAAACAUAGUUUUGUCAACCAUGUUGUCAAUCUGAACGAAUUAGAUACUGAUGAUGUUAUUAAACAUUUAACUGCUGAACAUAUCUAUGAAUUAUGCACACUUUGUUUAUAUGGUACAACGGUUAUUUCUCCACGCAUUAAAAUUUUACUUGACCAUAUAUUAGAUACAUUAACUCAAGCCGAACGAGAUAAUAUUUUAAAAUCAUUAAAAUGGUCUAUUGACGACUAUGAAAAAUCCUAUAGAGAGCAUAGUUUCAAUAAUUCUUCGUCAAAUUUCAAUUUAAUAAUGCCAUCGUCCGAUGAAGAAGAUCAAUAUUUAUUACCCCAAUUUCUCCGUUUUGAAUCAACUCGUUUACUUGCCCAAUACUUUCUCCAAGUAGCCCAACAACAACAACAACAGCGUAGCUCUCCGCAUUGUCCAUCAUCGAAUGGUCGUUCACCGUCACCUUCAGCAACAGAAUCAAAACCAAUGCGUGUUCCAUCAGCAGCUCUUUCAGCUGCUCCUUCGCUGCUACCUCUGCCACCACCAACAAUAUCAUCGGCUACACCACCAAAUCUUUUACUUCGUCCACCUGGACCAUUUCCAUUUCCAUCACCAUGGCCUUCAACAGAUUUACAAAUGAUGAAUCUUCUAAUGGCACAACUCUCGAAUCCUCUGAUGAUGAAUUAUGAUUUUCGUCGCAUUGGAAAUAAUCUUUUACCAACAGCAGCUGCUGCCGCUGCCGCCGCCGCUGCUGCUGCAGCUGCAUCGAGUCUUCCUUCUCUUUCAGUUUCAUCAGCAAACGAAGAAAUCAACGGUAAACAUUACGAUUUACCUGAAAUAAACAACAAUGUAAUUGAAAGAAAAAGUUCCAACAAACGUAAACGCCUUUGUUCACCAUUAAAUCUUUCAACAACAUCGCGUUCACCAUCAGAAUUACCAGCAUCAACCGAAUCAAUUGCACGAAUAUCCGAUAGUUCUUUGUCAUCAACAAGUAGUUUAACAAACAAUAACAACAAUAUUAACAACAAUUCAAAUCACUCAUCGACAACAACAGCAGCAGCGCGUAAGCGUCUUUCACUAAGUGAACAACGUAUUUUGAUCAGUCCACAUGGAAAAAAGCGCGUUCAAUGUAAUGUUUGUAUGAAAACAUUCUGUGACAAAGGUGCGCUCAAAAUCCAUUUCUCGGCUGUACAUCUACGCGAAAUGCAUCGUUGCACCACGCCUGGCUGUACGAUGAUGUUCUCCUCGCGUCGUUCACGAAAUCGCCAUUCAGCUAAUCCAAAUCCGAAAUUACAUUUACCAAGACCAAAUGCAAUGUCUCAUCGUUAUCAUACAACUGGUCCAAUUAUAUCUGAUGGUAAACAUCAAUCACAAGUUAAUUUAUAUCUAGAUGAUGAAGAUGAUAAUAUUUCAUCGAACAUGUCUUCAUCGAUCGACGAUCAACCAGAAGACGAAAGAGUAGAUGAAGAACUUGUAUCAUAG